AUGAUUUGCAAAGCUUAUAAAACUUCCCCCACAGCAGCCGUACAAGUACUAGUGGGUACGCCACCCUUCGAUUUGGUCAUAGAGCGUGAGGGUGCAAUAGGAAAUGUCACAAGACUGCGACGACAACAUACGCUAUGGGGUGAGACUUACAACCAUGAGGAAUAUGAAGAGCAUAGGCCAGUUAUUCCCCGUCAUCCGGCGGAAAACAACAUUGACACAUAUAUCUCCAUUUCGAGAGCAGUUCGAGACAUACAGCCUACGGGUCUUUUUACCGAUGGUUCUAAGACAUCGGCAGGAACUGGCAACGCAUUCUGUCCCAUCUCAGACGGGAAAGUGAUGCAUGUAUGGAAAAGAAGACUGGCACACUACAACUCCGUAUAUCAGGCUGAACUGCUGGCCAUCAGUGCUGCUCUGAAGUAUAGCGCAGAAGUUGAAGGAGCUCCCACACAGAUCUACUCUGACUCGGCCUCCAGUCUGGCGGCCAUAGUUAACGAGAGAUCACGUAGCUCGCUAGUUCAAGAAAUUAGGCGGUAG